CACCCAUCAUCCCUCCAUCUUCCUGCAGGACCCAUGCUGAUGAACUGCUACACUAAUCAGAGUUACUACGUCUUCCUGCAGUCGUACUUCAUGGGUUUCCAGUUCCCUUCUCUCUCCACCUUCCUGUCCCUCAUGCCUCCAGCCCGCAUGCCAGAGCUCCUGAACUCCCUGUCUCCAGCAGAGCUAUCUAACUUCCUGAAUCACCCUGGCACUGUGGACAAUCAAACUCAACUGUGCGAACUCUUCAACAACUACAACCAAACAGAGAAGUACCUGCAAAGUGAGCCUGUUUUGUCCUCAGCUCUGGCCAGCCAGACGUUGGAGUGUGUGUGGCCUCAAGCUAUCAGUGCCUCAUCUCAGGCUGAUGUGGACAGAUGGUUUAGUGUCAUGCAAGUCCAAUACUUGCCCUACCUCAGCUCUCAGAUGAUCAGCUCCACCCAGAUGUCCGGGGCCUCCUGCCUUGCCUUCCGCAAAUUAGUGUCUGUGAUGGGAGGUUAUAACUUUAGCAAGGCAGAUUUUACCAUGAAAGACAUCUAUGUCACCAUCCAGACCUUCCUGACCACAGCAACCCCACCCAAAUGCUACAACCACUCAGACCCUGUGCUGAACUCCACUGCCUGGUUUUAUCAGUACAUCGGAGUCUUCAUCACCUUCAUCACUGUGAAUGACCUGCAACAGUUUGGAGGUGUAAAUCUGGAGCAGUUCACUCCCAAUGCACAGAACCUUGAACUGUUCAGAAAGAACAACGUUAGCCAAGACAUCAUCACUGUCUACGCAAAUAUGUUGUUUGAUCUCAAGCCGGACUUCAGCAUCAACCUUCUCCCCACACAGUUGUGGUGUUCCGCUCCAGCAGGUGCAUUCUCAAACCUGACUCAAAAUGAUACAAUGACCAUCAACAAAGUUCUACAACAGCAGUGCACAGUCAUAGAUUCUACUGUAUCUGCUGCACUAGCAAGUAACGUGGACGUCCUGACGCCAGCCACCAUUUCGAGUUUGGGUAACUCCAUCACCGGUCUUAGUGUUGGUCAGAUUGAAAGUUCUAGCCCCUCCACCCUACUGUCCACCCUCGGUUUCCUCAGUUCUGUGGAUGGCUGGAGCCUGAGCCAGGCCAUGGCCAUCAUCCAAUCAAUGCUCUCAGCUGGAGUGUAUAAGAUCACCACAGUCGAGUCGUUGCAGCAGUUGGGCACACUGAUGAAGGGUGUUCCAUCCACUCUGUUCAGCAACAUCUCUGCAACUACACUGCUCAGCGCCCUGCAGUCUCAGACCUUCCUAAAUAACAUGCUCACUGCUCCCAUCACCACGCAACAGAUUGUUGUCAACCAGAUCAUCUCAGUGAACUCCAACCCUGACGCUGUUGUGCAGAAUGUGCCGGACAACAUGACAACGUUGAUUCCUCGCCCGUCUCUGCUGUUUCUGUCUCAACAAACAGCCACAACACUCAAUCGGAAACAGUGGUCCUAUGAUCAGGCCAUGCUGUUCUUUGGCAUAGUGGCUGAUGAGUUCUCCAAUGCAGACAAUAUCUCAUUCCAGGUGUUGCAGGGUUUCACAUGCAGCCGUGUUCAGAGCUUCAGCACUGAGAAGGUGAAGAAUCUGAUCAGAGGCUGCAGGAGCCGUGGCAACACAAAGGUUAUCCUACAGGAGUCACAGCUCACCUGCAUGUACAACUACAUAAAGAAUAACACUCUGACUGUCUUCACUGAUUAUCCUGCUGACAUGCUGCUCUACUACAAUCUUUCUCAGGUGCAGCCGUCUGUGUGUCAGGCAUAUUACUCAGCUCUGGGUGAAGCGGACUUCAGUGUGUUCUCUUCAACGCUAGCUUUCAGGAGAGACGUCCUGUUUACCAACGCUCGCCAGUGCCUCGGAGUCUCGGGGCUGAGUGUGACCCGGAGUCAGCUGGAAGUGAUGGGACAGAUGGUGUGUGUGUUCAACAGCGCUUACAUCCUCCAAUCCGACCCGUACGUGCUGGAGAAACUCAAACUGUGUGCUACUCUAACAAGAGACCAGAGCAGCGCUGUGGAGACAAUCCUGCUCAGCGGGAACACCAUUUAUGGAGCUCCAUCCAGUUGGAAUCAGACCACUCUGACGAGUCUGGGUGUCUUGCCCCUGUACCUGACCUCCAACUUCUGGGCAUACUUUACACAGAAAGAGAAGGUGGAGUUUCUCCGGGUGUUUGUUCCUGAGAUGAAGAACAGAAGAAUGUCGAGACAGAGCAUCUCCGCCCUGAUGACUGAGGCAGGAAAAGUCUCCUUACCCAGUACCAGGGGUUUGUUACGAUCCAAACGUGACACUGCGUGUACGGUGGGGGAAAUAACUCAGAUCCAGGUGAGCGACGAAUCUUUUCCCUUCGGCUACGAUGUGAACCAAUUCAACAUGUGUCUCAGCGUUCAGACCUUAAAGGACAACCUGGCCAGCAUCACAGACAAGGCCACGGGCAGCAACUACCAGCGGGUCAUCCUGGACAAACUCAACCAGGCUUACCCAGCUGGCAUCACUGAUGAAGUUCUGCAGGUCCUUGGCCCCGCCUCCCGCGCCGCCUCCACCAGUGACAUCAGCAAGUGGAGUGUCACAACGAUUAACACGCUGUCAGCUCUGAUGAGGUCAUAUGACGGAAACUGGAGCUCAGAGCAGGUGAGAGCUAUAGUCAGUAGGUAUGUGAGUGGAAACAGAACUCUGGGUUCCUUGGAGCUGAACGCACUGGGAGGAACAAACCUGUGUGCACUGAACACCAGCCUGCUGAGUACCAUCAGCUCCAACAGCCUGCAACUUGCAGGUGCGCUGUCCGUGUCCAACUGCAGUGUGGAGCAGAAGCAGGUUCUGUUCAGAAUCGCUCAGCUCUCCUUCAGUGACCGAACACUGACCAAGAGUACACAGUCCCCCGUGUCCAUAAACUCCUACCAGCUUAUACAGACAUACCUGAGUGGGGCUAAUAUUGACUACGUGCGUACACUCUCCAUCUCCAACAUCAGCAUGGACUUGCUCACCUUCAUCACACUGGACCAGAACGUCGUCAGUAAUCUGACAGUGAGUGAGGUACGAGGUCUGCUUGGCAAUAAUCUUCCCGAUCUAAAGAUGUACGAGAAUAAUACAGUGGUUCACAGCUGGAUCACACGACAACUGCAGACUGAUCUGAACACGCUGGGUAUCGACCUCACUGGGGGACGCGUAGCAUCUACAGCCACUACCGCUAGUCCUAAUGCUAAUGCUAAUGUUAAUGCUACUGCUGCUACCACAGCCAAACCUUCAGGUGCAGGCUCGAGUAUCUCCUCCUCUGGGCUGCAGAAGCUUGUCCUCCUCCUGGUAGUAACCAUGGCAACACUGCAGCUAAUUUACUGAUUAUGACAUCACAGCAGGACGUCAUCGCUCUCUGCAGUGUUUAUAAAUAACAACAAAAUGUAUUUAAAAUCUUGCACUUCCUGUCUGUCUGUCUGUCUGUCUGUCUGUCUGUCUCACACCCCUGGAGUAGCGUUAUCAUGAUCGCGAUACUGAAACAAUAACAUAGUUUUAGUUAUUAAUCAUGAAGUGACUAUAAAUGUGUAAUAAACAAACUGAAAUGAUAUUCACACUUUAAAUAUUUAUUAUUAUUUAAAUAUUCAAUAGUGAAGAAAUGUUUUAAUGAAGGCUUUUAUCUUCUCUCAUCGUGGUGUCUUUGGGUUGUAAAAUGUGCUGCAAAAAUAAAAUAAAAAUUAUUAUUAUUA